AUGGCCUCAACCCGCCGCCAGCCCUCUCUGCAGAUUUUCCAGGACCCCGUCUCACCAAGCCACGAUGAGGUCGCUGGCUUCGAGGCACAACUCCUCUCCGCCCUGGGCCCCGUUACCGACGUGUCAUCCGACCACCAUACCCUCCUAAACCCGCCAGACUCGCAGGAGAACCUCCCCUCGCCGCGGAAAACGAGCCGCGUCUCCAGCUCUCCACCCCCACACGCCCUCUCCGAGGCCUCGCUCAACGCCGUGUCCAUCCCCCCUCCCACCGAGUCCAUCUUCGCUACCGACUCGCCGAUGAAGCGUGUUCCUCGUCCACUGCAGAAGCAGGCAAAGCUGCUGGCCAAGGACCCGAAUGCCUUGUUCACGACCUUCCCGUCAGCCCAGUUCGAUAAGGAGAACACAUACUCGGCUUUGCCCACCGUCCCAUAUUCGGAUCCCAUCUACGGGCAGAAGGGAGCGGGAAAGCGCACCUUGAUGGACGCUGCUCCUCUCCGCGACCGCAAGGACAAGAAGCCGAAAACCACAGAUGACGACAUCAGUCCGCUUCCCGAUUGGGAUCAGAUGCCCGAUGUCGAGGACGAUGGCGGCAAGCCGCCAUUCAGCUACGCUAACCUCAUCGGCAUGGCCAUUCUGCGCUCUCCUCAACGUCGAUUGACCCUCGCCCAGAUCUACAAGUGGAUCUCCGACAACUUUGUCUACUACCGCCAGCCCGAGACAGGAUGGCAGAACAGCAUCCGCCAUAACCUUAGCCUGAGCAAGACCUUCCUCAAGCAGGAACGACCAAAGGAUGAUCCCGGAAAGGGCAACUACUGGUACAUCAAGCCAGGAUGUGAGAAGGCCUAUCACAAGGCCAAGUCAUCGCGUCGCGUCACGAAUCCUGACGGCUUCAUGAACUCGAGUGGCAAUCUACCACGCCCUUCAACCUCUUCUGGAGAGCGUUCGUUUGCCGUCGAGUCGAGCGCCGUGAAGCAUGUCGACUCAGCCAAGUUCCCAGACGAGACAGAGCUAUCAUCGGACGCCACCAUCCCUUGCUCGGACCCCGCUGCCCACGACGGCCAGCAGGUCGAGCACCAUAUGCCACCUCCGCCUCGCACUCAAAUCCCUUCGUCCCCACCGCCAGCAGACAUCCACUCCUCCCCGCCUCCACCCAUCACGCGUUCUGCGCGCGAAGGCACGCCCCCACGCGUCCCUCGCUACCCCACCCAGAGCCGUUCUGGCGGACGGAAGCGUAAGUUCGGUGGACUGGGAGACAGCGGUUACUAUUCCUCCAUUGAGUCAUCUGCUAUGAAAGGCAAUCCUCUGGGUGCUCUCUUAACCUCAGAAGCCGACCUCGACCGUCCCGUCAUCAAGCGAGGACGCGCUGAGGAGGAAAUCGCUCGCAUCCGUGGAUCGUCAUAUGACAGCCCUUCAAAGACGCGUUCUUUCCUGAAGCCACCAACCACCUCCAGGAUCCCGUCUUCGUCGCCCUUCCGAGGAUUCGUUGCGAACGUUGAGGAUCCUCUCACUCCUGCCGUCAUCUUCAAGCGACCAACGCUCCCGCCUCAAUCUGUCUCUCCCAACACCAACCUUCGCAACCACCGCAACCGCAUUCGUGAGAUGCUUGGUGGCUCACCGGACGGAAGCUUGGGCAUCAUGGUUGACCCCGGCUUCGCGUAUCAGAAUCCGUACAGUCCAGCUGUCCAGAUCCCCAACGAAGAAAACUUCAAUCUUCACGAGUCUGGUUUCCAUGACACCUUUGAUGUCUUCGCAGACCUCACCAACCAGGACUCCCCGUCGAGGCCAUCAGCAAAGCGACCACGUCUGGAACGUGCGGCCACCACCUCCGGCAUUCUCGCCGACAUUACUGGCACCAAGUCCAAUGCUCGCCCGACCACCUUAACACCAGGCGGCUGGAAGUCUCCCUUCCUGAACUUCCCUGCUCUUCAAUCACCGCGCUUCUCUCUCUCGCCUAUCAAGGCCCCCACUUCGAACCCGCUCCAGCUGCCCGAGUCAAACCCGAAUGACCUCCCAGACUUGAACUACAGCCCGUUCAAAUUCGAGAUGCCCCAGGGCGAAGAACUCACUCAGCAUGACGACUUCUUCGGCGUGAACAUCCCCAGUGACGAAUCCGAAGAGCCCAGCUACGACAUCCUGAAGGCCUACCCACGCAUCGGCGCAGCCACAGUGGCACCGAACGGCUCACCGUCCAAGCCAACGCGUCCUGCAUUCGCGCGCAGCACCACGACGCGUUUCUAG